CACGUCCCCACGAUCCCCCGAAAACCCCGAAACCCCCGUGUCCUCAUCCGUCAUUUCAACCCCAAGAGGGUCCGCCUCCCAACCCUACACAAGAUCUCUCUCCCUCCCUCUCAACAAGUUUCAUGCAAAAGCAGCCUCAAACUCGAACUGGGAAAAAUGAUGGAGCCCCUGAACGAGCACGAGCCCUGCUCGCCAUCCUCCCUCAAGCAGAAACUCCGCUCCUCCCUCUGCAUCAUCCCGUGCUUCCCCAAAACGACGCCGCACCACCACUCCAUCACCGCCCCCACCACCCCCCACGCCCACUCCGCCAACGUCAGCCUCGUCCGCAACUCCUCCUUCUCCUCCUCCAGCAAGUCCCGCUCUAGCUAUCACCACCAUCACCAUCACGGCCAUCACAACAGCCAUUACGAGUUCACGGAAUUGAAGGACAAGUGCAAGAGCUUGAUCGGGCGUAUGGGACGGAGCCACACGGCGCGGAGGCACUCAGCCUCCGCCGACUUCAAAUACGACGCCCUCAGCUACGCCCUCAAUUUUGAUCACGAGGAGGCGAACAUCGAGGACUAUCCCUUCAGGAGCUUCUCCGCCCGGUUGCCGCCCUCGCCGCCCCGAACCUCGCAGGACUCCGCCGCUUCUCCGUCUGCCUCUAAGGAAAUAACUGCUUGUAGUUGAUCAUCAUCUCUCGCGCAGGCCUGUGGUUCAUUAAUUCAUUUAAUUCAUCAAUUGUUUCUCAAUAAUUAAUUAGGUUCGUUAAAUGUAAUUAUUCAUCAUGUAUAUAUAUUUACAUGAACAGACACAAAAUUUGGUCUGUUCAUCAUUAAAUGUAAUUAUUGCUACGGCUACGGUAAUUUUGCA